AUGCCUACACCACUUCCAUCGAGUUUCGCUUCGGCCGCCGCCGGCAACACCCAGGACCCCAGUCGGAGGGGGAUGGUUCGACCAGCGGAGAAUGCUACGCAGACCUUCCGCCGUCCUUCUGUUGCUACCAACAAUCCUCACCACCGGGAUAGUAGCCAGCCUGCAUCUGCCUCGACACCCGUUGGCAGCGCGUAUAUCCCCCCUCACAUGAGCUCAAAUACUUCUAGCAUUGCACGGAAUGGGGACUCCCGGUACUCUAAGGAUGAACUUUUAGAGCUGUAUAAAUCGCAGCGUGAUGAGGGAUCCUUGAGUAAAAACGUGGAGGAAUACUUCGUGGCCGACUGGGAUCCUCACACAGUGUCAGCUCCCGCAAACGGAGCGUGGGGGAAGCGGGACGACCACAAGAACAACUCCGCGGGGCCUGAGGUGUGUUGGGACCACGGUGGCCAGGUGGAACCCCUCGGGCUCACGGGUAUGACGGAGGACGAGCGAGAGUUGUUCGCCGCCUCGGUCAAUUCCCCUCUGAAGCCGCCGCCCACCAACGCCGCGAAGGAAAAUGCUGUUCCCGGUACUGGUGGUCGCAAAUCUUCUAUUUCUUACCCCCAGGGCCACAUCAAUAACUACAACACUUCUUCUCCUACUGCCGGGCGCCCUGGUCCUCGCCGCAGGGAAACGGGUGAAUCGAUUGGAAACCCCAUGUCUCCUACCGGUUCCAACUCCCGAUUCUUCCGCGACGAGGCCAACACUUCUACCCCUCCACCGGCCCUGUUGCGUCGCAAGACCGAUUUCCGAGAACCCAAUCCGAAGUUGGACGAGAAAGCCAAGGAUGGGAGGGAGGACCCUUCCUCCCCAUUCGGCUCUCUCAAGCGAAGCUCCACCAAUCCCCUGAAUACGAGCGUGAGUGGACCGAACUCCCCCUGGGGCUCGGCUUCGCACAACGCCAAUUUCUCUCCGAUGGGUGCCUUUGGGGCUUUCUCUCUCGGUUCUAACGCCAACACCCCGACUACUGAAAAGAAGCCGGGAUACGGAAGCCUCCGUGGAGAAAGCAGGUUUAAGGGGUUGUUGUCGAAGGACAGCUCCGAGGAUAUCUCUGGCUCCGCUAGGGAGAAACCUCUGAGCAACCUCGAACGGCUUGCCGAGAACGACCAUGAUGCGCGUUCGCAGUCGCCUUGGGGAGAGGCUGUCAAGACACGUGUCAAUCGAAGCGAAACCAAUCCCUUUGACGAACCUCGCAGUGGAAGCGCUGCUCUUGGCGGGUCUCAGGAUGUUGAGGGUCCCCCUCAAGCUGACCUCGGGUUUGGCGCAUUUGGCAUGACCUCUAGCAUUCCUGGCUUCCGUGAGUUGAUGCAAAGCCAGGAGAAUUCUAGGAACCCAACCCCUAGUCUUCUCCAGGGCCACGAACCCACAAGUCCGACCAACACCAAUCCUUACCAGAGCCCGCACGGCGAUCGCCACGGUGAUCGGGCAGAGGCGGAGGAUGUCGAUACUGAUGGAUCGGAUAUCCAGCAGGCCCAGCAUCCUGGUCUCAGUGGACUUCGGGACCCUUCCAACCCAUUCGGCUCGAUUAGACGGGUAGGCUCGGGCAUGGAUCUUCCCUCCGUGGAUCGCAGCCAAAACUCCAGUGUCAAUGCUAAUCGCACUUUCUCUGGUCUUGGCGGUCUGGGGGGGUUGUCUUCUCUUGGAGCUUCAACUUGGUCAUCUGGAGCCGCUGUCGGUACUCCCACUCGUGAGAGAUCUGCCUUCGUGGGUGGCUUCGGCGACCCUAUCUUUGGCUCCAUGGGUGGUGAGCUUCAAUCUCCGAGUUUGUCUACUCUCGGCGGAAGUGGCCUUUUCAGCCCCCAUGCUGGUAUGACUGGCACCGGAAGCAUUGGCCGAUCGAGCAAAUUGGGAGCUCUCUUCUCUUCGAUGCAAGAUGAGCAAGGACGACCGGACUCUGUGGGCUUGGAAGGAUACGAUCCUCAACAGGCUGAGAAGGCGGGUCAGGCCAGCCACCCCGGCUCCACACCUACUUCCCAGACCCCUGUCUCGGCUGUUGGCUCUAUGGCCAACCUAGCUGGCCACGAUAUCCCGCCUAGCGGUACACCUGGCGCUUCUAUUCCUACCUCCCAACAACGGACGAUGGUCAUGCCCGAUAGGAUGCGUUGGAUCUAUCGGGACCCGCAAGGAAACAUCCAAGGACCAUGGACUGGGCUUGAAAUGCAUGAUUGGUUCAAGGCUGGCUUCUUCAGCCCUGACUUGCAAAUCAAGAAGCUUGAGGACACCGAGUUCGAGCCAUUGGCUCAGCUAGUCCGACGCAUUGGGAACUCACGCGAACCAUUCCUUGUGCCCCAAAUUGGCCUCCCCCAUGGCCCGGAACCUGCUGUUGCUCAGUGGACUAACACCACCGCCGGCUCUGCCCAGCCUCCCUUCCCUGGUAGUUUCCCGAGCUUUGGCACUACUCUGACAGCCGAGCAGCAAAAUGCUCUUGAACGCCGCAAGCAGGAAGAACAAUACUUGAUGGCCCGACAGAAGGAGCAUUUGGCUCAGCAGCAGGCCAUCAUGAAGCAGAUGGCGCCUCCUGGAGCUCCUUCUUCUUCCAUGAACCCCCCGCUGCAGCAUCAGUCCAGCGCGCACAGCCUUCAGAGCCAGCCCAGCUUCGGAAGUAUCACCUCUCCCGUUGGCUACCAGCCAUCUCCCAUCCAGGCUCCUCUGCAACAGGGAUCUCAGGGUGCUGCCGGAUUCUUCGACGGAGUCGCACCUGGUAGACAGGGCGGUUUGUCGAAUCCCGGUAUGCUGGGAACCGACUUCGGCGGCCAGGAUCAACUCCCUGCUCUACUUGAUCGUUUGAACGUCAACCGUCAAGAUCCCUUCGCCUUCGGCAAUACCGGCUCAUUUGCUGGCCGUCAGCCUGAUAACUUCUUGCAGUCUCAGCAGGUUACUCAGAUGCUCCAGGAUCGUGCCCAGCUCCAGCAGGAGCAGGAUGAUUUCGAUAAAGCUCAUGAGGAUGAUCCAUUUGACCAGCAAGCCCGCGAGGAACGUCUCCGCCAGUUCCAUGCACUUCGUGCCCAAGAAGGCGAGAUGGGUAUGCGCACCGCCGAGGGCCUGCCUACCCACCCUGCCGCUGCUUCUCAGCAACACGAAGCCGACGUUGCCGCCGAGAUGGAGGAGGCAGCUCAGCAGUUGACGGACUCUGUUACCGGUGCCGAGCCCCUGACUCUGUCCCAGCAAGUCCACAAGGCUGCCUCCGCUCAGCGCCAGCAGCAGGAGCAGGAGCAGAGCCACGCAGCCCCUGAGUCGGUCUGGAAGGUUGACCAUGCUAUGCCCCAGCCCUUCCCUCCCCCUCCCUCGGCCUCGCCUCUCCCCGCACCCACUGCCCAGCGUAACCGUCAAAACGUUGCCGAGUCUCUCGCCACUGGUUCGCGUUCUCAGACUCAGACUCCUGUCGAUGCUGCUCCUACCUCUGUCGCACCUUGGGCCAAGGAGGCCAAUGACUUGCCUAAGGGUCCUUCUCUGAAGGAGAUCCAGGAAGCCGAGGCUCGCACUGCUGCCCAGCGCGAGGAGGUUGCUGCUGCUGCCCGCCGUGCUCAGUUCCUCGCCGAGCAGGAGCGUCUCAGCCAAGCGCAAGCCCAGGCUGCCCCUGGCCUCCCAUCGUCCGCCAACUGGGCCAGCGCUGGCUCUCCUGCCACCCCAGCUUCGACCGGCUCUCCCUGGGCCAACAAGAGCGUGCCCACCCCUACCGGUGCCGCCGCCAAGAAGACCCUUGCUCAAAUCCAGAAGGAAGAGGAAGCCCGCAAGAACCGUGCUGCUGCUGCCGCCGCCAUGGCUGCAACUCCCAGCCCGCCCAUUCCCUCCUCCACCGGAAAGCGUUACGCCGAUCUUGCUAGCAAGGGUCCUGCUCCCGCUGCUCCUGCUGUCCCGGGCUCCAGCGCCUGGACCACCGUCGGUGCCAGUGGUAAGGUUAAGGGUGCUCCCACUGCACCUCUUGGACCCCGCACCUCCAGCGGACCUGUCCCUAUCUCGCCCGUAAUUGCCAAGCCCCGCCCUGUCACCGUUUCCCGCGCUGUGACCAGUGGCAGCAAUUCCCAGUCCAAUCCUAACCAGGCCGUUGAGGAGUUCACCAAGUGGGCCACCCUCAGUUUGAGCAAGGGGUUGAAUACCGGCAUCAAUGUCGACGACUUCGUCCAACAGCUUCUCUUCCUGCCCGCCGAAGCCGAGAUCAUCUCCGAUUCCGUCUACGCCAACUCUCAGACCCUAGAUGGCCGCCGCUUCGCGGAGGAGUUCAUCCGCCGCCGCAAGCUCGCUGACAAGGGCAUUGUCGAAUCUGUCUCGCCUAGUGCAUUUGGUGAGCAAAAGAACGGCGGUGGCUGGAGCGAGGUCGCGAAGAAGGGCUCUGCCGCUACUGUUGUCGCUGCUGCCCAGCGCGAGGAAGAGGCUGCUACGUCUGCUUUCAAGGUCGUGGCUCCCCGUAAGAAGGGCAAGCGCUAA